CAUCCUUCUGAUCCAAUCAAUCAUUCUCCUCAAUGAUUUGAUUUCUAUAAACAGAUCAGAAACAUACAUUGACCGACAGAGAGAGAGAGAUCAAUGCGUCCAUGUCCAUAUCCAGAUUCAUCAUCGUUUCGCCCAUCGCCGCCAUGCCCUCCAUCACCAUCUCUUUCUUCACUUUCAUCAUCUUCUUCUUCUUCUUCUUCCUCGCAACUGUUUCUCAUGCCGCCAACCACCCAGGCCCAGCUAGAGAAACCAUAGAAAUCAUCAUUGGCGGCGGAAGCAACUCUCCGCCGUCUCCUUCGACAGACUGCCCGCCUCCUCCGCCACCACCCUGCCCUCCGCCGUUGUCCCCCUUCGAAAGUAAGCGCAUCGAGCUCGUCUACCCGGUGAUCCAAAACCUCAAACGAAGAAUCCGAUCCGACCCGCUCGGCGUCACCAACACCUGGGUCGGCCCCGACAUCUGCCACGAGUACAAGGGCUUCUUAUGCGCAAUUGUCCCCGACUACAAAGUCAAAGCCCUCGCCGGCGUCAACUUCAACGGAUUCAACCUCGCCGGCCCCGACCUCUCCCUCCACGGCUUCCUUGACCAGCUGCCGGACGUCACACUCUUCCACGCCAACUCCAACCAAUUCACCGGCACCGUCCCUGGAACCCUCGCCAAUCUCCGCUACUUGUUCGAACUCGACCUCAGCAACAACAAGCUCUACGGAGAAUUCCCCGUCGAAGUCCUCGGCGCCACCAAGCUCACCUUCCUGGACCUCCGUUUCAACUCGUUUUCCGGCGCGGUGCCGCCCCGUGUUUUCAACCUGGACCUCGACGUCCUCUUCAUCAACAACAACGGCCUAAUGCAGACACUUCCCGACGAGAUCGGAGCGACGCCGGCGAUGUUCCUGACGCUGGCGAACAACAAGUUCACCGGCAAGAUUCCCCGGAGCAUCGGAAAAGCUUCGAGGACGCUCCUCGAGGUGUUGCUUCUGAACAACCGGCUCUCCGGCUGCUUGCCCUGCGAGAUUGGACUGUUGGGCCGAGCCAGAGUGUUCGAUGUGAGCUGCAACUGGUUAACGGGCCCCAUCCCACACUCUUUCGGGUGUUUGGCCCAUAUGGAGGUUCUGAACUUGGCCCAGAACCAGCUUUAUGGGCCUGUGCCCGAAACGAUCUGCCAGCUGGCCCAUCUGGCGAACCUGUCGUUAUCGUACAACUAUUUCACUCAAGUGGGCCCAAUAUGUAUGAAGCUUAUUGAGAGGAAAGUGCUUGAUGUGAGGAUGAACUGUAUUUUGGGCCUUCCAAUGCAGAGAUCAAAGGCCCAAUGUGAGGCCUUCUUCUCCAAGCCCAAUAACUGCCCUGACCCGAAGUCAUUUAAAUGGGUCCCCUGCAGGCCCAAUUCAGAGGAGCAGUCCGAUCGUAGAUUGACGGCCCAAGGUGCUUCACUGCGAUCUUUUGAAGCUCUUGUACGUCACCGGUUGUGAUUAUUAACGGGCUUUUUAGCCUCUUGGGCCUCGUGAUUGUU